AUGUACCGUGAUCUCCGGGAGUUGUAUUGGUGGCCAGGGCUUAAGCAUGAAAUUGCUGACUUUGUGAGUAGGUGUCGAACGUGCCAAAAGGUUAAGGCAGAGCAUCAAUUACCUUCAAGUUGGGAGGAUUAUUUGCCAUUGGUAAAGUUUGCAUACAAUAAUAGCUGCCAGUCUAGCAUAUUGAUGACACCUUAUGAAGCAUUAUACUGUCGUAGAUGUCGUACUCCUACGUGUUGGACGGAGUUGGGCCAGCGACGUGUUUUGGGUCUUGAAUUAAUUUCUGAUACUGAGGAUAAAGUUAGAUUGAUUCAAGAUCAAUUGAAGGUGGCAUUCGACAGGCAGAAGUCAUAUGCGAAUCUGAAGCAUAAGGAGAUUGAGUAUUUUGCGGUGGACUUGGUGUUUCUUAAGGUCUUGCCGUGA